AUGAAGCGGGAUGAUAUGGCCAACUGUCUGCAAGAGAGUAAGAGGAUUUCUCUAAACAAACUUAAAUCUAAGCUGAAGAAGAAGUUCCAGUGUGUGUUUGAGGGUGUUCCUAAAGCAGGAAACCCAACCCUUCUGAAUCAGAUCUACACAGAGCUCUACAUCACAGAGGGAGGGACUGCAGAGGUCAAUGAUGAACAUGAGGUCAGACAGAUUGAAACAGCAUCCAGGAAACCAGACAGACCAGAAACAACAAUCAGACAAGAAGACAUCUUUAAAGGCUCACCUGGAAGAGAUGAACCAAUCAGAACAGUGCUGACAAAGGGAGGGGCUGGCAUUGGGAAAACAGUCUUAACACAGAAGUUCACUCUGGACUGGGCUGAAGGCAAAGCCAACCAGGACAUCCAGUUCAUGUUUCCAUUCACUUUCAGAGAGCUGAAUGUGCUGAAAGAGAAAAAGUUCAGCUUGGUGGAACUUGUUCAUCACUUCUUUACUGAAACCAAAGAAGCAGGAAUCUGCAGCUUUGAACACUUCCAGGUUGUGUUCAUCUUUGAUGGUCUGGAUGAGUGUCGACUUCCUCUGGACUUCCACAACACUGAGAUCCUGGCUGAUGUUACAGAGUCCACCUCAGUGGAUGUGCUGCUGACAAACCUCAUCAGGGGAAACCUGCUUCCCUCUGCUCACCUCUGGAUAACCACACGACCUGCAGCAGCCAAUCAAAUUCUUCCUAACUGUGUUGAUAUGGUAACAGAGAUUAAAGGUUUCACUGACUCACAGAAAGAGGAGUACUUCAAUAAAAGAUUUAAUUAUGACAAGAAAACUACGUUCAUCAUCUCCCACAUCAAGACAUCACGAAGCAUCCACAUCAUGUGCCACAUCCCAGUCUUCUGCUGGAUCACUGCUACAGUUCUGGAGGAUGUGCUGAAAACCAGAGCGAGAGGAGAGCUGCCCAAGACCCUGACUGAGAUGUACAUCCACUUCCUGGUGGUUCAGGCCAAAGUGAAGAAGGUCAAGUAUGAUGGAGGAGCUGAGACAGAUCCACACUGGAGUCCAGAGAGCAGGAAGAUGAUUGAGUCUCUGGGAAAACUGGCUUUUGAUCAGCUGCAGAAAGGAAACCUGAUCUUCUAUGAAUCAGACCUGACAGAGUGUGGCAUCGAUAUCAGAGCAGCCUCAGUGUACUCAGGAGUGUUCACACAGAUCUUUAAAGAGGAGAGAGGGCUGUACCAGGACAAGGUGUUCUGCUUCAUCCAUCUGAGUGUUCAGGAGUUUCUGGCUGCUCUUCAUGUCCAUCUGACCUUCAUCAACUCUGGAGUCAAUCUGCUGGAAGAACAACAAACAACUUCACAUGACUCUGUAAUGAAAGAAUCUGCAACCUUUCAGAAAGAGAUACACUUCUACCAGAGUGCUGUGAACAAGGCCUUACAGAGUCCAAAUGGACACCUGGACUUGUUCCUCCGCUUCCUCCUGGGUCUUUCACUGCAGAUCAAUCAGACUCUCCUACGAGGUGUUCUGACACAGACAGGAAGUAGCUCACAUACCAAUCAGGAAACAGUCCAGUACAUCAAGGAGAAGCUCAAUAAGAAUCUGUCUGCAGAGAAAAGCAUCAACCUGUUCCACUGUCUGAAUGAACUGAAUGAUCGUUCUCUAGUGAAGGAGAUCCAACAGUCCCUGAGAUCAGGAAGUCUCUCCACAGAUAAACUGUCUCCUGCUCAGUGGUCAGCUCUGGUCUUCAUCUUACUGUCAUCAGAAGAAGAUCUGGAUGUGUUUGACCUGAAGAAAUACUCUGCUUCAGAGGAGGCUCUGCUGAAGCUGCUGCCAGUGGUCAAAGCCUCCAACAACGCUCUACUUCAUAUGUGUAACCUCUCAGAGAGAAGCUGUGAAGCUCUGUCCUCAGUUCUAAGUGCUCAGUCCUCUAAUCUAAGAGAACUUCUCCUGAGUAACAAUGACCUGCAGGAUUCAGGUGUGAAGCUGCUGUCUUCUGGCUUGAAGAGUCAACACUGUAAACUGGAAACUCUCAGUCUCUCAGGGUGUUUGAUUACAGAGGAAGGCUGUGCAUCUCUUAUCUCAGCUCUUAACUCCAACUCCUCAAAUCUGAGAGAGUUGGAUCUGAGCUACAAUAAUCCAGGAGACACAGCAGUGAAGACUCUUUCUAAAAGACUGAAGGAUCCACACUGGAGACUGGAAAGUCUCAGACUGAGUGGCUGUAACCUGUCAGAGAGAAGUUGUGAAGCUCUGUCAUCAGUUCUCAGCACUCCAUCCACUAGUCUCAGAGAGCUGGACCUGAGUAACAAUGACCUGCAGGACUCAGGCCUGGUAGUGCUGUCCAGAGGUCUGAAAAGCCCACACUGUACAUUGGAAACUCUUAGGUUGUCGGGCUGUAUGAUUACACAGGUAGGGUGCACUUCUCUGGCCUCAGCUCUGAACUCCAACCCUUCCUCCCAUCUGAGAGAGGUGGACUUGAGCUACAAUCACCCCGGAGACACAGGGCUGAAGCUUCUGGCUGCUGAGUUGAAGCAGUCACACUGGAGCUUGGAAAAUCUCAGAGCUGACCCUGUUGGAGUCGAGUGGUUAAAAUCAAGUCUGAGGAAGUACUUCUGUGAAUUCACGCUGGACCCAAACACAGCUCACAAGUUCCUCAAACUCUCUGAAAGCAACAAGAAAGUGACCGACCUGAGAAAGGAGCACCCGUAUCCUGACCACCCAGAGAGAUUCGAUUACUGGCCCCAGGUGCUGUGUGAAAAUGCCAUGAUUGGGCGCUGUUACUGGGAGGUCGAGUGGGUUGGGAAGGUUUAUGUUGCAGUGAGCUACAGAGGGAUUGGAAGGAAUGGAGACAGCGAUGCCGCAAAGUUUGGAGGCAAUGAUCAGUCCUGGUGUCUGACCUGCACUGAUGGGGGAUAUAGCGCCUGGCACAACAACAGCGGGACACCCAUCUCUGUGCCCUCCUCCUCUGUCUCUAACAGAGUAGCAGUGUAUGUGGACUGUCCUGCUGGCACUCUGUCUUUCUACAGAGUCUCCUCUGACACUCUGAUCCACCUCCACACCUUCAACACCACAUUCACUGAACCUCUUUAUCCUGGGUUUGGUUAUGGGGUGAAGUUCAACUCCUCAGCAUUUCUGUGCAAGCUGUAGACCAGCAGCAUGUACAGAAAUCUGACAGUGGUUCCAUUGAUUCUAUUGAGCAGAUUAUGAUUUGGCUAACUGAUCGGACCAAGUUGUAACAAAGACCAAGUGUAGGGUGUGUAUCACCGAAUUCAAGAGUCCUUUACAGUUUUGAAAUCUUAUGAAAAAGUUCAGAUUUCAAGCCAGAUAUUCAUACUGCCCUACUUAUUUAAGCUAUUUCUCAUGUGUUUGUUGUUGUUGUUUUAUUUGAUUUGUUUUCAAUUGUUCUUAUAAGGUUUCCCAAAUUUGGGCUAACACCUGUUUUCUUAUAUUUAUGAAAUUUGUAUAUACCCUUGUAAAUGCAAUUGUAGUUUUAUUCUUGUCUAUUUAUUUGUACAUAUGCAUAUUGUUGUGAAUUGGAUAUAAAUACACUGAAUUGAUCAUAAUAUUGGUAUAACACUGUCAGCUAGUGGUUGCUGUGAGUAAUUGCAGCAUCUGUAUUGGGAUGAGAUUUAAAUGUUUACAACAAAAGCCACUGCUUGCUAAUUUUUUACACCAUUUUUUAAUUAAUAAAUUAUUUUUAUUGUUUUGCUGUGUUUGUUCACUGUUUUUACCAGAACAUGUGACCUUAGUGUUUGUACACUAAACAGCUGUAAAAGGGUGAUUACCACUGAGUAAGUGGGAUUGUAAGACAGAAAUCCAUGCUUUGUAUUUGUUUCUCAGAAGAAUUGUGAAGGAUUCUGCAACAGCACAUCU